AUGCUGCGUUCAUACAUCAAGGCUGCUAGGCUUCACCGUUGGCUCGCUCGAACAGAUUGUCCGCCCGCUAUCCAAGAGUGCAGGGCUCUGUUUGAUAAAGUAUAUGCCCCAAAGGCAGUAUUGCGCGCCUCGCUAAAGUUUGAUGGUAUUGUUUACUGCAGGGCAUCUACGCACAUGGGGAACAGCCAGAUUUUUUUCUAUCCCAACGGAGAUAAAUCAUUGACUCCUGUUGCCGCUAGUAUCAAAUAUAUCUAUGGUACGCUGACAGGAGAAAUGUUGUUUGCUGUACAGCGACAUCUCCUGUUAGACAACAACCGUACUAUCGACCCCUUCUCGAUGUAUCCCGAUUUUCCGGCCAAAUUGUACUCGACCAACUUCCAGAGUCGUCUCGAAAAAGCCAAGGUGUCCUGGGUAGUCAGUCACUUCGCGCGGUGGGCGGUUUCUGACAGUCAUAUAGUGAUUCUUUCUGUAUCUCGUGAUUGA